CGGUACAUCGGCGCUUGGCUCGACAAGCCACAGGGGCAUUCGACUCUCCGUUUUCACCUGAACGAAACGGCAGGUGAAGGUGGAUGUCGUAGCGGCGGUGUGUAGUAUCGUUGUGUCUUCAUAGAGACGAUCCGGUAAUUUCCUCGCGAAAGGACGGAAGCAGUUUAAAUUUGAAAAAGAAGACAAAAGAUGGGCAGUUCGAACAAAGACAGAUGCUUGGUAAUAGCCGCACUCUUUGUGGCGUACCUUGAAUUAGCGAACGCAAUUGAAUGCUAUCAAUGCCUGGCUACGGAUUCGAAUCAUCCCUUUCAGUGCAACGAGUUUCUGUCGAGCGACAUCGACAUUCAACCACAGCCAUGCGAUAAUGUUUACGGUGCUCAAUACUGCAUCAAGCACAUCGGACGAUUCGAGGCCUUGGGUCUAGACUGCUAUCAGUGCGCAUCAGCUUCGGAAUGGGAAUGCAUGGAGGGUGACUUGGUCAGAGAAGCUUUGCAGUUGAAAAAUUGCAGUCACGUUUUCGAGGCCCGCUACUGCGUCAAGACCGUCGGACGAUACGGAGGUGGAAUUGGGACGAAAAGAUAUUGUUCGUCACUGGACCUGGGCAACUACUGCAAUUACGUACGACAGCCUGGCGACAAGCUCGAAUAUCGUACUUGCGUUUACACUUGUAGCGGUGACGGAUGUAAUCCCGCAUCCCCCACCGCAUUGCCGAGCAUGAUUUCUCUCGUAUUUCCUAGUCUGAUAAUCGGCUACGUGAUGAUAUGCAAGAGAUAAUAAUUCCGUUGUAAAUAUAAGGCUACAAAAGUCCGGUAGAACAAAAUCGAGAAUAAAUACAGAGUAAAAUAUUUUCUAACGAAAAAUAUUAAUUAUCAAUCGUAUAAGUACAAUUUUCGAAAAUUUCGAGGCACAAAAGAUUAAAAUUGAAAUACACGUAGAUUUUGAUGAUUGGUAGUUAAACGCAUUAUAUGACGAUUUGAAUCUCAGGAGGAAAAGAUAUUUUAUACACAUCAAACGUAUAAGUUGAUAAUAAUAUUAUAUACCUUAAGAAUGAUUAAUUAAUAUAACUCGAUGAGAUGUAUAUUAGGUGUACAAUACACUGAUGUACUGGAAUUUGAAUCGCUAGUAGAUUUUAAAUUAUACUUAAUAUUUUUUUAUACACACUUCUGCGAUCAGCAAUGUAGUGUAAUAAUUUUAUCGAUAACGAUAAUUUAUUACUGACUAUUUUGUUUCACUCAUUUCUACACAUAUAUACAAAGAAGUAAAAAAAUUGUUACUACUCAUAUGAACGCAAGCUGUACUCUUUUCUAACGACAAACGUUAUGUUGAUAUAUUUUAUAUUCGAAUUUUAUUUAGUAAGUACAUAAUAAUAAUAAUAAUAAUCUCUCGUCUAAGACGAUAUAUUAUAUAGGGUUUAGAAAAUAGUUACAUUAGAUGUAUGAGUCGCUAGAUUUCGCAAAUCACAACGUUUUUUAAAAACGGAAAUAACUGAUUUAUAAUCCGUCCACUAUUUAUAAUCAUUUAAUUCAUACCUGAUUUGAUAUUAUUAAUGAAAUAUCAUAUGCGUGCCGAUACGCACGAAUUCAACCAAGAAAUGUUACACAUAUAAGUUGUAUUGAAAAUACGCAUGGAACUGCGUAAAAAUCCAGAGAUGUAUUUUCUGUUUUCUUUAUUGAAUUACAGGCUAAAUUAGAAAAAAUUCUCUGCUUACAUUGCUUAUAAUAAGUACAAAUAUUGAACAUUUAUAUAAUAUACACUAUAGUAUAGUUACGUACAUAAUUGCCAAAAUUCAUUUUCCGUACAUACGAGUACAUAGUACAUAGUAUUGUACAAUAUAAUGUCUAAUGUUUGUGCAUGUUUUUCCUACUUUUCUACGCAAAAUACUUAUACAUACUAUCUUUGGCAUAUGUAAGGCAAUCUUGUUAAGCAAAAACAGUAAAUCAUACUUCGCAAAGUAUUGUUUUAUCAAACAUAUUAUUUUUUUUCUUCCGAAGACUGUCCUUGUUUGAAAAAAUAGCUGCGUUCUAGUUACAAUUUCGUCAAACUGUUUCUCCACUUAACAGUUUCCCAUUUCUUUUUUUCUUACUUCCUUACCUUACAAAACUCCAAAUUUUACAUCCUUCACUCAACUUUGCCGAACGAUUAUUUUGACAAGCAUACAAGACAUACGCCGAGAUAAUACAUUCGCGGUACAAAUUAAACACGAUCAUUGAAUGACUAAAAUUAAUCUUAAAGCUAUAGCUAAUCAUUUAGUAAUACAACGCACAUCUAACAUCAAAUAAAGUACAGGUUCAGAUAGCUUUAUAUUUAUUUAAAAAAAAAAUUA